GUUUCAUUAAAAAAUCUAACAUACCAGCAGUAUGCGAACUACUUUUAAAAUACACAAAAGCGUCAACUUUAAAGACUGUGAUGUACUUUGAACUGUUUUUUGUGUUGAUUUGUUUAUCUAAAUGUUAUUGUUUGGACAGAGAGGAUGAUCAGGAACAAUGUGCUCUGCUCAUAAAGUGGCUUCACUCCUCCUCUGUGUCCCUGGAAGUCAGCAAGAAAGGCUUCCACAGGGAGGUGACCACCACUGUUGAUGUCAGACCAGAGGCACUAAGCAGUGGUGCCAGUGUUUUGCUGCUUCACAGAUGGCCGAGGGGCGUCUUCGUAGAUCCAUAUCAGUUGGCAUCGCUAAGUGAUCACAGUAACUGGGAGAUAUUGUUAGAUUCAGCCAUUGAUCUAGAACUUCCGGCUCACAAGACUUCAGGGUUUUCUACCUAUAUGUUUCCCACCACACCACUUCCCAAUAUCCUAAAAUUCAAAAUUCCAGUCCACGGGCGCUACCAUGAGUCGUCUUUUGCUGGAGAAACAUUCACAUCCGUUCACUUUGAACCUCCUGAGCUGCUUCUACGGACUAAAAAAUGCACAGAUCUUCACAGAUUUGAGUCCUAUCCUGUAGUAAAUGCUCCCUGCACUGUCAGCAAUUCCAGCACAUGUUCAUGGUUUAAAAAAUCUCAGCAGCAGGAGGGCAGCAGCAUCAUCAGUAUGAUGUUACCAGUUGGUGACGGGUCAGCGACGAAGCUCGUAUGCAGCGGGACUCUUCUAGUCACUGUGAUCUGCUCUCUGGCGUUGUCUAAAUACAUGUUAAAACAUCGAAUCAUUUAAGCUGAAACUGUCAGCAAAACCUGUGUGCAUCAGGUUAUAAUGUAAAAAUAAAGAAAGGUGUCUGGGACAAGAAUCAUUGUUUGCUGUAAACAACACACAGAGCUAUGGUGU